GUGGCGCGAGUAAAUCCCGGGAGAAAGGGGAUAGUAACGUGGUUUCGAAUCGUGCGGUACACAGUCCGUGGCGGACACGUCGAUUCACUUCAUUCAGUGCGUGUUACCAAGACUCGUAUGUGCCCACCGACCACUGACCCAAACACUUUUUCUCUCUCAUUGAUACGAGAGACCGCGCGCGAUCGAACGUACCGCGAAACUUGCAAGGACCCGAAAUAUAUCGAAUUUUCAUUUUUUUUUUCUAAAUCAAGUCAAAAAGUUUGUCUCGCAAGUUGUUUAUUGUUGGUUAACGAUUGAAUGAGGAGGAAAAUUCACUCGAACAGUGAGUUCAUUGGGUUUUGUUCGAUCUCGUGAAAAAUAUGGUUCAAGAAAUCGCCGAGACUCGCUAACUCGACGAGAAGUGCUACUGGGAGCUGCUAAAUUGAAUGACGAAACUGUUGCGAAUCGUCUGCUGAAAAAUUCGGUGGAUUUCCGCUGACGAGGGUUGAGAACGGACGAGAAAUCGAUCGUAACUCGAGGAUCGCAACUGACUCUUCGUAAUAUCUCAAUUGGAAAUAAUUAGCGAGUUCGAAAGAGUGGAACAAUCGUAAAAAAUCAAUAAUUACGCAUUCGUGGAUAGUAAUACGAAAAAGAGGUUAAAAAUAGGUACGAAAGAUUGUGAGUAGCCGACAAGAGUAUCGAGUGAGAUCGUAAAAAAGAAAGCGAGAUCUUGAUUGCCCGGUUAAGUGAUCCGUGCUCGAACCCACGUCCCCUUUGGUGUGUGUAUUUAUCGUGUAAUUGUGUGUGUGAGCUGCUGCUGCAUCGAGAGGGAAACCAAACUGGUCCUCUGUGUGCCUUGUUACCUUCCUCGGGAUUUUUUUCCCAGGCACAAGAGAAAGAAAAAUAGCGAAACGGAGAACGGGAGCGAGAAAAAAAGCGAGACGCGCCUGUAUCAGUUCUUUCGAUUUUCUGCCUGCAAAGAGAAAAAAUCCUUUGACCCGAAAAAAAGUCGAGAAAGUGUGCUCGAUUGGUCGCCGUUCAUCUUUGCUUCGUAUUUAUCAAAAACAGUUUCUCUCCUUCGGUCUUCCUUGUCCAUUUACGAUGUUGAGUGACUCGUUGGGCCACAUGGAAGCGAGGGAGAAUCGAUGAGAAUUCUUCCAUUCAUAUCUGCGCUCAAUCAUCUCAAUCCAUUCGGAUAAUACUGAAGAAAAAAAAGACUGAAAAUGGCGACUUCGAGAGUUAUCGUGACAGUGAUUUUCUGCCUCUUUUUGAGCCCCUCCAUUGCCAAGAACGAGUCGAAUAUUUUGAGACUGAGUAAACCUCAAAAAAGCCCGGCUGAUCAACCUAAAGCAUCGAAUUUCAACGUUUCCGACGACUUCGGGGACGAGGCCAAAGCCCAAAGCCCCGGACCAUUGAUUACUUUCAGCAAGAAUAAUCCCGAACUCGACUGGAAAAAUCACAUCAAAAAUGCAGCCAAAAUCGAGAACGACAGUCUGCGAGAUCUUGACGUUGACUUCAUGAAAAACAAAAUUGAAAUGACUGCCAACAGUGUGCAAUGGCUCGUUGAUCUCUACGACCCUUUGCGAUGGAAAAGGGUGCCUGGAAAGCUCGAUCAAGAGUGUCGAAGGGAUAUGGAUUGGUUUCUCAAGGCACUGCGAGAUGGAAAACUCUGGGCUGCUAAAAUGUCCGACGCGAGCGGUCGAUACGGCUCGCAAUUUCAUUUCGGUAACGGUUUUUGGCUCGGAUCCAGCACCCUCUGUCUCGAACUGAACGGAACUGAAAAGACAGGUGUCGGAGGAAUAGGGGGAAUCGGGGUCGUCGGGGUCAACGGUGACGACGUUCCACCUUACUCGGUUAAAUUUCACGUCGCCAGGAUGUUUCUCACUCUGCCGAGUGACAUAGAGCUUUUGACGAGGCAAAUAUUCCUCGGACUCUGUUUGCCAGACACCUGUGAUCGUAUCUCUUUGACGUCGAUGCUCAGGGCGAGUGCUGAUCGGGUCGAACGAGAAGGCAACUCGACACACAGUCGAUCCAGUGGACCAAAGAUUCACAUAGUCACUGUUAAGCCUGUGCCAUCGAGCGAUUACUCGGCUUGGCUCGACCCCAAAUUCUACGUUCUUGGGUCCGUCGGUGGUGCAAUCGUAUUUCUGAUGCUCUGCGCCGCAAUUUGCGAGUACAGGAGCCACGGUGACGAGAAAGAUGUCGAGUCGACUUCGAACGGGGCCUCGAAUAAUAACGAGAGGAUAAGCACGUACGCGGACAAAAACAUCCCCGAGGAACGGCGAAUAUCCAUGAUCCAGGACAACGGGAAGGAACUCAUUGACAAAAUGGACAAAUGCGUCCCGGAUAAUGGCAAAGAGGAUUCAACCAUCAAGUUCAAAAGACGUGAACGAGGUUUUUUGUACAAGUGCUUCAUGUGCUUCAAUCCAAUCUCAAACGGGAAUAAAAUAUUGAGCACCGAAGUCGCGGCCAAAGACAGUUUGACCUGCCUCCACGGACUCCGAGUUUUGUCCUUGGGCUGGGUCGUCAUGGUUCACACUUAUCUGGAAGUGUUCAGCAUCGCAGAAAAUAAGACCCUGCGAACUGUUACCGAGAGGAACUUCAUGUUCCAGACAAUCAGCAAUGCAACUUUUUCCGUUGAUACGUUUUUCUUCAUCAGCGGCCUGCUCGUCACGAUUCUUUUCUACCGUUCCCUCGGCGCCCUGCAAACUGACAAAUCCAAUUUCUUCAAGUCGAGUUCAACGAAAUUUUUGAUAAUGAUACUCUACAGGUUUGUGAGACUGACGCCAGCUUAUCUAUUCGUGCUUGGUAUGAACGAAAUUGCGAUAAAACAGGCUCAUGCGAGGACCGUUUUUUCACCGGCUAUAAUCGAUCAUCUAACGUGCGAAAAAUUCUGGUGGCGAAAUGCUCUCUAUCUCAACUCUCUUUAUCCACGCACCGAAAUGUGCAUGCUAUGGAGCUGGUACAUGGCGAACGACACACAAUUCUACGUACUCGGUAUACUUCUUCUGCUGCUCUCGGUCAAGUAUUUCAAGGCCGUCGUAGCUGCAGUUGCACUCAUAAUCGUUUCUUCUUGGUUCACGACCUUUACGGUGGCUUACAGCAACGACUACAUCGCCAGGAUCCAAGAACCUUUUGCCCUCUUUGACGAGCUAUACGACAAGCCAUGGCUCAGGGUCGGACCUUAUUUCAUCGGAACGAUCACGGGCUGGCUCCUCUUCAAAACGAAUUGCAAAUUGUAUACUCCAACGUGGCUCAAACUCAUCGGAUGGCUCGUCUCAGCAGCAAUAAUGUCAUCAGUCGUCUAUGGCCUUUAUCCUGGCAAUCUGACGGUGACGACGAGUUCGGCUUACGCCUCCCUGGGCCAUACAGCAUGGGCAAUAGCCGUGUCCUUCCUUGUGAUUCAAUGUUGCACAGGAUCGGCCGCAAUAAUUAAUGGUCUAUUGUCCUUGCGGCUUAUGUAUCCACUAUCGCGUUUAACUUAUUGCGCUUAUCUCGUUCAUCCAGUAAUUAUGAUGAUGACGAGCACGCAGAUGGACGGGCCGUUGCAUCUUCAUAACGGAUUAGUGCUCAUCGUGUACUUCGGCAAUCUCGUGGCAUCUUAUCUAAUGUCGUUCUGCAUCUCCGUCGCCCUCGAGGCACCAGUCGUCAAUCUUUUGAAACUUGCGUUUACGACGAACCAGAGAGGGAAAUAAAGAAGGAGGAGACGAGCAGAAAAAGUUCAGCGUCGCGGGCGUUACAGCCGGGAAGAGCUUCAGCUUUCGUUCGACCAAUACUAUGAUUUUAUUUGUACGAUAUUUUAUACUUGAAGUAAGAAUUGUAAUAUAUUUUUUUUAUUGUAUAUUCGUGGAGGAGGAAAUAAAGUUAGUGGGAGUUGUCGAUAAUUUGAUAGUUUUAAAGGCAGUUUAUCGAUGUUAGGAAAAAGGGAAGGAUCGUGAGGAAAUAAUGGAGGCUUGACCGUUUUGAAAUAUCGUCGUUCGAUUAUUUUAUCUUUUUUUAAAGGUAAUUUUAGAUUUUCUGUAACGUUUAAAAAAAAGCUGAUGGAAAAUAAAAUCCUUUGUGAAUUUACGCGCACGUCAAAACCACGUGUUU